GAGCGUACUAUUCUUUCAGAGUGUCAGUGUUGUUUGCGCAUAGACACGGCACGUAACAACCAUGAUAAAGCGUGUCUGUUCUCUGCACAAACGGACGCCGCAUGUGUGCGCACACGGUGUCUGCCUGCCUGCCUGCCUGCCUGCCCGUCGUCUGCCUGAUGGCGUACACGUGUGACACACAUGAGGGCAAUUAAUUAAUCGACACGCACAUGAAAUCAGCCCUCAAACAAACACUCACGCACGCAUUCACUCUCCACCGACGCACAGACACGGAAAACGACAAACAGACAGACGGAACCAGACAACACACACUGGCUCACUCCACAGUGGCACAAAACCAGACAAAACCUGUGCCUCACCUCACCUCCUGACCCAUCCACCAACCAGAUAACACAGACAGACAGUAGCAACGACCAAAGCCCUUUGAGUCCAUCCAUCGAUCAACCCAGAUACCUCACACAUCCAUCCAUCCAUCAGAUCACACAGCCGUGCCCACAGUGACGGUCCACCCCUCCUCGCCGAUCUUCACUGGCGGCUUCUUGACAGCCACCACAUACACACCGCCACCCCGCGGCUCCUCACGCGACCGACAGUGCACCGGGGCGCCCUUGGCCUUGCACUCUGACACUGACGCGGGGGCCCCGUGCACUCGAAUGGACUCGACUGACACAGACAGACGGAGAGAGAGAGAGAGAGAGAGAGAGUGGGGAGACGGGGAGAGGUAGGGGUCGCAGUGAGUGCUUACUGUUGAGGUUGUGUGGGGUGAAGUCCUUCUUGGUGAGACUGUGUGGGGUGAAGUCCUUGGCGGUGGGGGUCUUGUCGUCGAGCGGGAGGGGGAGCGACUUGGCGGUGAGGGUGUUUUGCCUGAAGUCGAGCUGCUGGAAGAGGAACUCGCCCUUCUUGUAGGCCCAGCUGUUGUGGUCGUCCUCGUAGAUCAGACCUGUCGCCUCGCCCUUGUCGCUCGGAUAAACGUCCACCUGAUACACAAACAGGGAGGGGACAGUCAUGCGAACGGUCUCCCCCCCACUCUCUCUGUCUCUCUCUCUCUCACUGUGAAGGGGUCCAGCCUCUGCUGUGUGGAGCUCCGUCGCCGCCGCCCCUUGCUCACCAGGACCGACCCCGCACGCACAUAUGUCGGCACAUACCGCUGGCUCAGCGACACCACAUGCGUCUGCCCGCCAGACAGCCGAGCACCCGUGUAAAAAUCAUACCUGACAGGUUCAGAACACACGCAGAGCAGACGUGGCGAUUGGAUUGGCUGACUGAGAAGCACAUGAGCCCCACCCGUACCAUCCGCCAGGGUUCUCGGGCAGGUAGACGGCGGCCGUGCUGUUCUUGGCCAUGGGCUGCGUGACGGCCUUGACCAUCACGCUGCCGCCGACCAUCAUCUGGUCGCUGAUGGUGUAUGUCUGAGGGUCGCUGAUGAAGGCGUUGUCGAACCAGAGUGGCCGGAUGAUGGGCUCGCCCCGCAUGGCGAAGAGGGCCGUGGCGGUGUAGAGGUACGGCAGCAUCCGGUACCGCGUUGUUACGGUGUCACUGAUCGAUGGAUCGAUCGACAAGCAGAUGGACAGAUGGGGAGGUGGAGGUGCGUGUGGUGUGGUGCGCGUACCGAAUGAUGUCGGUGACCUCCUGCCCGAACAGCCACGGCUCCCGCCGAGCAGUCUCGAGAUGCGCAUGCGCCCUGUAAGUUUGUGAGACACACACAUAACAUAGAGUGAGUGCCUUCGUGUGUUGUGUGGUCGUGUGGCGGCUCGCACCUGUAGAAAGGGUACCAGAUGCCGAGCUGGUGCCACCGGUAGAGCAGCUCGGGCUCGGGGUUCUUGAAGAAGCCUCCCACGUCAGCACCUGACCGACGGUUGGACGGAUGGAUGGAUGGAUGGACGUACACACAACAGACACACAGAGGGGAAUAAUAGUUGCAUGUGUGUUUUUGUUCUUUAUGUGUGUGCAUGUGUUGGGGGGGAUUUGUGCGAUCGACGGACCGAUGUAUGAGAUGCCGCCGAGUGCGUGCGACAGCAGCAUGGGAAUGGAGAUCUCCAAGUGACUCCACUCAGCCGCAUUGUCGCCCGUCCACACAUAGCCGUACCUGAGUGCCAAUGCCAGCCAAUCAACCACACACAGAUCAGCGAUGAUGUGUGCGUGUGGGUAUGUGCACAGACACACACAACACACGGCACACACCUGCACACACCUGUGUGUGCCGAUGAAGAAUGAUCGUGUGAGAACGAAUGGCCGCUGGUUGGGGUCUCUCCGCGUGAGGCCCUCGAAAGUCGCCCGGUGGUAGUACAUCCCGUACAAGUUGUGAACCUCUCGGUGCUCGCGCUGGCCCUAUCAACACACACAUCCACCCGCCGCCCACACACCCCCAGUGAGCUUGUCUGGUUGUUGUCUGGUCGGUGAGCAAGCUGACAUACAUAGUGAAUGAUGUCCCGCUGCAUCGACACCUCCGGGCCGUUGAACACCGAGGGCUCGUUCAUGUCGUUCCAGAUGAACAGAUCCUGCCCAGUCGCAGCACACACAGAUGGAUGGAUGGAUGGCAUACACACGGCCGACCUGUGUGCCACUCGCUCUCCCUGCUGACCUUGGUGCUGCCUUCGUAUCGGCUGAGGUCGAAGAGAGAGGCCCAGAAGUCACGCACCUGUUGACAGACAGACAGACAGACAGAGGGAGCAAGGAGUGAAUGGCAUGGUCUCUUUCUCUCUCCCUCUCUCUCUCUCUCUGUGUGUGUGGUGUGUGUUGUGCAUGCCUGCGGGUUGGUAAAGUCGGGGUAGAAUGAGCUGCCAGGCCAGCACCAGCCCUCGUACUGAGUGCCAUCGGGCUGAUGUAUCACACACACACACACGCACAAACACAGCGAAAAGAUCCGUGGGGAUUCAUCCUUCGUGUGUGUGUGUGUGUGUGUGUCUGGUACCUUCUUGACAAACAAGUCUUGAUGACGGCACUCCUGCAUCCACGGGCGGACAGACAGACGGACGACGGAUUGAUGCCAGCAGACCAUGAUUCACUGACUCACCCGGUAGACAUAAUAGUUGUCGUCCUUCUUGAUAUGCGGAUCAACAAUCGUCACCUGGGCACACACACACACACACACACAGACACAGACACGAAAGGCCUCAUCCCCUUGGCUUGUGCCGCCCAUCCACACGCGGACCAUUUUCCUGCCCUUUGCGGCGAUUUUGUCGAUCAUCUCUGCGGGCUUCGGGAAGAGGUGGUUGUUCCAGGUGAAGUACUUCUUGCCGUCGGUGUGCUCGAUGUCCAGCCAUAUGACGUCGUACGGAAUGUCGUGCUUGUCGAAGUUGCUGUCGACGUCAAACACGUCAGCCUGCACACACACACACACACACACAGAGACAGACAGACAGAGACAACACAGAUGCUUUCUCUCUCUCUCUCUCUCUCUGUGUGUGUGUGUGUGUGAUGUGAUUCUCACCCACCCACUCACCUCGUCCUUGUAGUUCCACCUGCAUUGGUGCUUGCCGAGGGCGAAGAGAGGCGGCAUCGUCGGCAGACCUGCGUGUUCACGCGUUGUGUCAAAACAGAGAGGGGACGCUGUGCUGUGUUGCGCUGUGCUUUGCUGUGCGUGCUACAUACCGGCAACUGAGUGGAACUGCUUCAUGACGUUCAUGGGAGUGGGGCCAAGGAAGACGAAGAAGUCCAUCACACCGGUCUCGGCCACCCACCACGAGUACUUGGUCGGCAAGUCACCCUCUUUCUAACACACACACACACACACACAUCCAGACACACAUACUGUGGAUCAUCUCCCCCCUCCCUCUCUGUGCUCACGGUUUCCUGCAUGAGCUUGGCCCAUGACUCUGAGGGGUUGGUCCAGAGGAAUCCCGUGACGACCGGUGGCUGGCCCUUGGGGCUGUCGUGUAUAGCGACGAGGUGCGGGACGGUGCCGUAGAGGGCCAUCUCGUUGUCCAGCUCGUACUCAAACACGUCCAGAUUGAAGAACCUGACAUGAGAGGGAUGCUUGGUUGGUUGGUUUGUUUGUGUGUGUGUGUGCAUGGUUGGUGUGCAGGCAGGCACCUGUAUGGCUCUGGGUAGGACGGCAGCGGCAUGGGGGCGGCAUGCUCAGGCAAGCCAUACACAUGCUCCACUGAUACAACAUAACAAUCGGUUUCAUCCAUCCCUGUCUUUAUUGGGUCUCAUUCCUUCCCACCCACUCCUUCACUCACUCACCGCCAAUGAAGGCCACGUCGACGCCCACGGCCGAGGGCCCGUGCGGCCUGCUGUCGCGGUGACCCCCGAAGCUCUCCUCCCACGCACCGUCCGCAUCCACAGACACGGCAUCCACAAUCACCUUCGCCUCUGGCUCAUCCUUGGCAACGCCCUCAGCCUCCGCUGCAGCCUCCUUCUUCCCCUCAUCCCCCUCCUGCUGCUCCUGCUGUUGCUGCUGCUCGUCGCCUUCAUCGCCCUCUUCGUCUGCUUCGCCAUCUGCAGCAGCUGCUUGGGCGGCGGGAGGUUGGGGCGGGGGGGGUGGCUCCUCUUUCUUGCGAUAGCGCUCGAGGUUCAUGAGCUGGUCGCCGUUGACCACCUGCACCAGCCGCUGCCGCACGUAGAAGGCCAGCUUGAAGGGCGAAUGCUGCAGCACCACCCGGCCGGGCGUGAUGCUCUUGGCUGUGGCAUCCCAACACCCAAACGACACAGCACUCUCCGUCGCCCCCACACUCACGUCAGCACCGUGCUGCGGCCGCAGCUGAGAGUCGACGAUGGCGUCAUCCUUUGGCAGACGAUACCUCUCGCGCAAGCCAGCGACCUCAUCCACCGUCACCCGCAGUGCCCCGCCCUCGAGCACCUGCAGCACGCCCUGCAGCUUGCCGUCGUGAUGCCUGUGGCUGACGGUCCAGGUGAGAGUGACGUUGUUCUUGUCGAAUGCGACGGAUGAUGGGUCGACGGUGUAGAGCGAGUCGGGCAGCGCCUGCACUCGGCUGAUGUAGCUGCGGUAUCUGCGGCAGGGGGAGGACUCGCUGCAUUUCUUGAACUUGUGCCGGUCCACCGACAGGGCCGAUGGGAGCAGCCAGGUGGAGAUGGCCAGCAGCAGCGAGAUCAUCCGAAGGCGGCGGGCCAGUGCCAUGCUCGUAUUGGUACAACACGACGAUGCUGCAGUGACCACCAGCCCGGGAGACGCACAGAUCUUGCUUGAAAUCAGCUGCUCAUGCUCAUACACAGCUAGUGCGUCAAGCAGGAACCCGGCUGCAGCACCAAAUUCAGCAAUUCUGUCACCUGUGGCGA